UUGUUUGUCCAUCUCUACUUACAAAAAGCCGCAUUUUUUACGUAAAUCAUUUCAAUAUUGUUAAUUCAACAAGUUAUUCGAAGCACAUUACAAGCUGUAAAAACACCUGCAAGCAAAAGCAAGGAAUAACCAAAAACAGAACGGAAAAUGAUCUACACAACGACGCUGCUGUCGCGAGGCUCCAUCUUCGGGUCGCUGAUCAGUAAAGUCAGGCAAGUUGUAGCCAAAAAUGCAGACACCGAAAAUAUCACAACUCACAAACCUUGGCCGCCCCCCUCCGCCACCGCCUCCGCCAGCAUAAGCAACAGUGCAGUGCAACGCUCCAAGUCGCUGGAGGAGCAAGUUGGAUUGCCGCCACGGCCCAAGAAGCCACUCACACCAUACUUUCGUUUCAUGCGGGAAAUGCGUCCCAAGCUGGCGGCCAAAGACCCCAACAUCAGCACCGUACAGAUUGUGCAGGAGUUGUCGCGUCGCUGGGUCGAUGUCGAUGCCAAGCUCAAGGAACGCCUGCAGGCCGAGUACAAAAAAGAUCAGGAAAGCUACGUGGAACAACGCGCCAAAUACGAUGCCAAGAUUACCGACGAACAACGUGCCGAACUCAAACAGAUGAAGCAGGACAUCAGCGAUGCCAAAGAACGCAAACAGUUGCGCAAGCGUGUCAAAGAGCUGGGACGUCCCAAGAAACCCGCUUCAGCUUUUCUGCGCUUUGUGGCCAGCGAACGCUUGAAUACCCCGCAAACAGCACAGCAAACGUAUCGGGAGUGGCAUCAAAAGGCCACGGCCAAAUGGUCACGUCUAUCCGACGAAGAGAAAGCUGUCUACAUGCAGGAAUCCCGCAAGGAACUCGAUCACUACAAAAAAGCCAUUUCAAUUUGGGAGGAGAAAAUGAUUCGCUUGGGUCACAUCGAUGUGGUGCGUCAUGGCAAUCUCAUUGAUCCCCCAGAGCCCAAGGCCCGCAAGUCUCAUCAGCCGCCCAAAGAGAAGCUAGUCUGAAAUGCAUCUUAACUCUCUUUCAACUUUUCACAUACACAAAUUUUGUUUUCCGGUUAUUUUCAUUAUUUUUUUGGAAAUGCUUAAUUUGUUAAGUUCCAUGCAUAGAAUAAGUUUUUGCAGCUUUGCAACAAAAUCUUGUAAAACCUGAAGCGUGUAAAUAGCGGCAGCCAAACGUAUUAAAUAUAAAGCAUAUUUAAUUAUUUUUGAAUUGA